UUCAACGUUUUGUCUCUCUUUCUAGUUCUCUCUCCCAUUAUCUUUUAGAAUGUUAUCUUUCCACUCUCCCUCGAAUGAUUACCAUGCAAGAUAGGAAUGUGAGCUACUGAGGGAGUGUGUGGAAGGGACAAUUUGAAAGAGAGGGAUCCCUUCUCUCUCCUUCUCUUCCAUUCUCCAAGAUACCCUGGCUAUAUAUAUAUAUAUCAGAGGCACACCCAGCUUCCCUUUCUCUUCCUUUCUUCCCUGUUAAAUAGAACAUUAAACCCUCCAAAACCCUAACCACAUUUUUAAAUUAUAAUUAUUGCUACAAUUUGCAGCAGUAAUUAUUUAUUAUAAUUAUAAACCUGUUUAUUAUAUAAAGACAUCACAUUUUCCCAAAAUUUUCCGCAUCCUAAGUUGUUUGCUGCUGACUCCUAGCUGUGCAUUCAAGGGCAAGCCUUUGGCUUUAAGCCCUUGGCCAAGCCAGACACAUCUCAAAGAGUCUGUUUUACAGAAGCUAACAACAAAUCAAAUAAACCCCCCACACACCAUUAUUAUUUUUCUCCUUCAAGAUGCUUCGUCCCACCUGCAUUUUCUUUAUAUGUUUUCUUUUGAGCUCUUCUCCUUCUUUUCUCACCAAAGCCAUUAUCUACAAUCUCACCCUCCCUCACCAACACCCUGACCCUGAAGCUGUUGUUCAACAUGUACAAAGUAGCGUCAAUGCCUCUAUCACACGAAGACAAAUGUUAUCUCUCCAAGGAAAGGACAACCAACAAGCAUGCCUCACCGGCAACCCCAUCGACGACUGCUGGCGCUGCGACCCAAACUGGGAAAACAACCGCCAAAGACUCGCGGACUGCGCCAUCGGCUUCGGCCGCACCGCAGUCGGCGGCAAAGGGGGCCGGAUCUACGUCGUCACCGACUCCUCCGAUCGCGACGCCGCCAACCCCAUCCCGGGCACUCUCCGCCACGCCGUUAUCCAAGACGAACCCCUCUGGAUUAUAUUCUCUGCGGACAUGACCAUAAAGCUGAAACACGAGCUCAUCUUCAACAACUUCAAGACCGUCGACGGCCGAGGCGCGAAAGUCCACGUAACCGGCAACGGCUGCAUCACACUCCAGUACGUGUCCAACAUUAUCAUCCACAACAUCCACGUGCACCACUGCAAGCCCUCGGGCCACACCAUCGUGCGGUCCUCGCCGACCCACGCGGGGUGGAGGGGCGUAUCGGACGGCGACGGAAUCUCCCUGUUCUCGGCGCACCAAAUCUGGAUCGACCACUGCUCCUUGUCGUACUGCGAGGACGGUCUGGUCGAUGCCAUAAUGGGGUCCACAGCGAUCACUAUCUCCAACAAUUAUUUCUCGCAUCACGACGAGGUGAUGCUGCUGGGUCACAAUGAUCAGUACACGAUGGAUUCGGGGAUGCAAGUGACGAUUGCGUUUAACCACUUCGGUGAGGCGCUGGUGCAGCGUAUGCCUAGGUGUAGGCGCGGGUACAUCCACGUGGUGAACAAUGAUUUUACCCAGUGGGAGAUGUAUGCGAUUGGUGGAAGUGCUAAUCCUACCAUUAAUAGUCAGGGUAAUCGUUACACUGCUCCUUCUAAUGAAAAUGCCAAAGAGGUGACAAAGCGCGUGGACACAGACGAGGGAGAGUGGACUGGGUGGAACUGGAGGACAGAUGGGGACAUAAUGGUAAAUGGAGCAUUCUUCGUACCAUCAGGAGCAGGGGCCAGUAUCCAGUACGCCAGGGCAUCCAGUGUGAAUCCCUUUUCCGCAGGACUCAUUAACCAGCUCACCAUGAACGCUGGCGUCUUCGGCGGAGCCAGAGAUGGGCAAGAUAGCGGUGAGCCCAUCUCAAGUGGGACCAGCCCCGGCGGCACCAGCAAUGGCGAUGGUGGGUAUAGUGACGGAGGGAGUGGUGGCUACUUUGACAUGAUAUUCAAGAACGCGGCGGCACCGCCCGCGUCAUCUACUAUUACUACUACAAUCUUCUUGUCCCUUCUCAUUAUUUUAAUUUUGUACACUACCACCAACCAAGGUGUCCUAUUAUCCUUACCAUUAUUGUUAUCAUUAUAGUUGAAAGAAAAAAGACAAAUUAUUUAUAAAUGAUUAAAAAAAAAGGAAAAUUCGGUGA